AUGAUGAAGAUGGGGUUCAUGGCACCACCAGGGCCCCCGCCCAAGGGCCCCGGGCCUGAGGCCAUGAUGAAGCAGCGGCCGCCGGGUCCCCCAAACGCCGGGCUCCAGAAGGCAACAGGCGGGCCGCCUGGCCCCCCGCCGAAGAACCCCGGCCAGGGCCCUGCGGGACCCGGAGCCCGGCCGCCUGGACCCCCGCCAAAGGCUGCAAGCGGAGAGCUUCCUCCGGGUGCCAAGCCGCCACCCCCGCCACCGAAAGGUCUGGCUCAAGGCGCCCCCAAGCCAGCUGCCAAGCCGUUGAAUGCAGCCACGCGGUUCAUGCCGACCACCUUGCGGACGAAGAAGCCGUCACAGGUCGCAGGUGGCGUCCUCCAGGCUUCCUCCGCCUCGCUGUCGCAGGACGCGAGAAAGAGGCUGCUGUUCACAGAGGCGCCCAAGGUGGCUGAGAAGGUGAACAUCGAAGACGCGUUCCAG